GUGUGUGUGUGUGCAGCGCCAUAUCACCAUCACAUCUGAUGUGAGGGACACUUGGUGUGUUUCUCGGUGUUUCCUGUCCCCGGUUCUUCAGUAGAAAACCUGCACCGGAGAAAAGAGUCGACCAGCGGACGUUUGACCGGAGGACGAGCCCAGCACCGUGCAUCACAGGCCGGGUUUCAGGAAUGAGGCAUUGAGGAUUUUUACUUUUCUCUGAGACAGAAUGGAGGAAAUGAAGCCGCUGGACGAAGGCUUGUCGUUUUGCGGCGUAGGCAUCAACAUCAGUGCCUACAGCGUGAACAAAGGUGUGCUGAAGAACGGCUGCUUCGUGGACGCUCUCAACCUGGUUCCUCAUGUUUUCCUGCUCUUCUUCACCUUCCCCAUCCUCUUCAUCGGUUGGGGGAGUCAGAGCUCGAAGGUCCAGAUCCAUCACAACACGUGGCUUCAUUUCCCCGGACACAACAUGAGGUGGAUCCUCACCUUCUCGCUGCUGUUCGUCCACGUCUGCGAGUUUGCAGAGGGCAUCGUCACGACCAAGAUAAUGGAAACUAAUAACCUCCAUCUGUACAUGCCUGCAUUCAUUGGUUUUGUAGCAGCGACGACAUCAGUGGUUUAUUACCACAACAUAGAGACGUCCAACUUUCCCAAACUGCUGCUCGUUCUUUUCAUUUACUGGGUGUUGGCGUUCAUCACAAAGUCCAUUAAGCUGUGGAAGUAUGUGGAGAACGACGUCGGACUACGGCACCUGAGGUUCUGCAUCACAGCUCUGUUGGUGAUCCUGUACGGACUCCUGAUGGCCGUGGAGAUCAACGUCAUCAGAGUCAGGAAGUACGUAUUCUUCGCCAGUCCUCAGAAGGUGAAGCCGCCAGAAGAUCUGCAGGAUCUGGGCGUUCGCUUUCUGCAGCCGUUUGUCAACUUGCUCUCCAAGGCGACAUAUUGGUGGAUGAACCCUCUCAUCAUGGGAGCCCAUAAAAGGCCGAUAGAGCUGAAGAAAAUCGGGAAGCUGCCCAUCGCCAUGAGAGCGCUCACCAACUACCUGCGGCUCAAAGACGCCUACGAGGAUCAGAGGACAGCGGAGGAUCCGAAUCGAUCCCCGUCGAUCUGGCGCUCCAUGUAUCGAGCAUUCGGGCGUCCCAUCCUGCUCAGCAGCACCUUCCGCUACCUUGCCGACCUGCUGGGCUUCGCCGGGCCACUGUGCAUCUCCGGCAUCGUGAAGUACAUGGAGGCUGACAACAGCACGUCAGAACCGAUGGAAACCUACUUUGGCGUCCACUUCAUGUCUUCCGCUAAGCUGCUGCAGAACACGCCGGUCCUGGCCGUUCUUCUCUUCCUGGCGUUAAUCCUGCAGAGGACCUUCUUACAGGCCUCCUACUACGUCGCCAUAGAAACUGGCAUCAACCUGCGCGGAGCCCUGUUGGCGAUGAUUUACAACAAAAUCCUGCGUCUCUCCACCUCCAACAUGUCCAUGGGCGAGAUGACACUCGGGCAGAUCAACAACCUGGUUGCUAUAGAGACCAACCAGCUGAUGUGGUUCCUCUUCCUCUGCCCGAACCUUUGGGCCAUGCCCGUUCAGAUUGUGAUGGGAGUGGUCCUGCUCUACUAUUUAUUGGGCUGGAGCGCUCUGGUGGGAGCGUCCGUCAUAGUUCUGCUGGCUCCGAUACAAUACCUCAUAGCUACGAAGCUGGCGGACACACAAAAAAGCACACUAGAGCACUCCACCGAUCGUCUGAAGAAGACCACAGAGAUCUUGAAGGGUAUAAAGUUGCUGAAGCUGUACGCCUGGGAGAACAUCUUCUCCGACAGCGUGGAGGAGACGAGAGGCAAAGAGCUCACCAGCCUCAGGACCUUCGCUUUCUACACGUCUAUGUCCAUUUUCAUGAAUGCUGCCAUCCCCAUUGCUGCCGUUCUGGCGACGUUUGCGAUGCAUUACUUCGAGAAACAAACCUGUCCCAGUCCCUCCGAGGCCUUCGCAGCGCUGGCGUUGUUCCACAUCCUGGUCACUCCGCUCUUCCUGCUCUCCACUGUCGUCAAGUUUGCUGUGAAGGCUCUGGUCAGUGUCCAGAAGCUCGGUGAGUUUCUUCAGAGCGACGAAAUUGGAGACGACAGCUGGAGAAACGGAGACAUGCCCGUUUCCUUCGAAGCAGGAAAAAAACACCUGGGGAUGACCAAAGCCAUCAACAGGAAGGAGCCGAUGCGCUACCAGAUGGACAACUACGAGCAGCCGAGCAGGCGUCAGAUGAGGCCCUCGGAGACGGAGGAUGUGGCUGUAAAGGUGAGCAAUGGAUUCUUCACCUGGGGAAGUAACCUGUCGACGCUGUCAGACAUCGACAUCCGCAUCCCGACAGGUCAGCUGACGAUGAUUGUGGGCCAGGUGGGUUGUGGGAAAUCUUCCCUGCUGCUCGCCAUGUUGGGCGAGAUGCAGACCAUCGACGGAAGAGUCCACUGGAGCAACAAGAACAGAUACUCUGUGGCCUACGCUACCCAGAAGUCGUGGCUGCUCAACGCCACACUGGAGGACAACAUCACCUUCGGAAGCCCUUUCAGUAAACAGAGGUACAAAGCUGUAAUUGACGCCUGCUCUCUGCAGCCAGACAUCGACCUGCUGCCUUUCGGAGACCAGACUGAGAUUGGAGAGAGGGGCAUCAACCUGAGUGGAGGUCAGCGACAGAGAAUCUGUGUGGCCAGAGCUCUCUACCAGAACACCAACAUUGUCUUCUUGGACGAUCCCUUCUCAGCGUUGGACAUCCACCUCAGUGAUCACCUGAUGCAGGAAGGAAUCCUCAAGUUCCUGCAGGACGAUAAACGGACCGUCGUCCUGGUCACUCAUAAACUGCAGUAUCUUAUACACGCAGACUGGAUCAUAGCGAUGAAGGACGGCUCCAUCCUGAGGGAGGGAACCCUGAAGGACAUUCAGACUCAUGAUGUUGAGCUGUACGAUCACUGGAAAACUCUGAUGAACAGACAAGACCACGAGCUGGAGAAGGACAUUCAGCAGGACAGUCAAACAACCCUGGAGAGGAAAACUCUGAGAAGAGCUUUCUACUCCAGAGAAGCCAAGAACCAGAUGGAUGACGAGGACGAAGAGGAGGAAGAGGAGGAAGAAGACGACGACGACAUGUCUACGACCACAAACAGACGAUCUAAAAUCCCGUGGAGGGUGUGCUGGUGUUACCUGUCCUCUGGUGGUUUCUUCAUGGUCUUCCUCAUGGUGUCCUCCAAGCUCCUCAAACACUCCGUCAUUGUCGCCGUUGACUGCUGGUUGGCCUUGUGGACGUCCAAUCAGAGCUUCUCCAGCAACAUCUCGUACAAUGGAACGAGCUCGGCCGUGAAUAUCAGCGGAAACUUCACCCUCUCCGGGGAUACUCUGGAGAAGGACUCCUACUAUCUGUUAGUGUUCAUUAUCCUGUGUGCAGCUGGAAUCACACUGUGCCUCAUCACCUCCCUCACUGUGGAGUUUCUGGGUGUUUCUGCAGCCACCAACCUGCACCACAACCUGCUCAACAAGAUCAUCCACGCUCCCAUCAGGUUCUUCGACAUCACUCCUCUGGGGCAGAUCCUCAACAGGUUCUCGGCGGAUACCAACAUCAUUGAUCAGCACAUCCCUCCCACACUGGAGUCGUUGACCAGAUCCACGCUGCUCUGUUUGUCGGCCAUCGGGGUCAUAUCCUUCAUCGCUCCUGUCUUUCUGUUCCCCUUGGUUCCUCUGGCCAUCGCCUUCUACUUCAUCCAGAAGUACUUCAGAGUGGCGUCCAAGGACCUCCAGGACCUCGACGACUCCACACAGCUUCCUCUGCUCUGUCACUUCUCCGAGACGGCUGAAGGUCUCACCAUAAUCAGAGCGUUCAGACAUGAGGCUCGUUUUAAACAGCGAAUGCUGGAGCUGACGGACACCAACAACACAGCCUACCUGUUUCUGUCGGCCGCAAACCGCUGGCUGGAAGUCCGAACGGACUACCUCGGAGCAGUGAUCGUGCUGGCGGCAGCGGGAGCGUCCAUAUGGAGUUCACUUGAGGAAGGCAUGGUGGGACUCGCACUCACGUACGCCCUCACCGUCACCAACUACCUGAACUGGGUCGUGAGGAACCUGGCGGACCUCGAGGUGCAGAUGUCGGCGGUGAAGAAGGUCAACAGCUUCCUCAGCACAGAGUCGGAGAACUACGAGGGGUCGAUGGACACGUCUCAGGUGCCCGAGAACUGGCCCCACAACGGUGAGAUCAAGAUCCAGAACCUGUGUGUGCGCUACGAUCCCAUGCUCAAGCCAGUGCUCAAACACGUCAACGCCUACAUCGAACCAGGCCAGAAGGUGGGGAUCUGCGGCCGCACCGGCAGCGGGAAGUCCUCUCUGUCGCUGGCCUUUUUCAACAUGGUGGACAUUUUUGAUGGAAAGAUCGUCAUCGACGGGAUCGACAUCUGUAAACUUCCUCUGCCGACUCUCAGGUCGAGACUCUCCAUCAUCCUCCAGGAUCCUGUGUUGUUCAGUGGAUCAAUAAGGUUCAAUCUGGAUCCCGAGAGGAAGUGCACCGAUGACCGACUCUGGGAGGCGCUAGAGAUCGCCCAGCUGAAGAACAUGGUGAAGGCUCUGCCUGGAGGACUAGAUGCCGUCGUGACAGAGGGAGGUGAGAACUUCAGCGUCGGUCAGAGGCAGCUCUUCUGUUUGGCUCGAGCCUUCGUCCGGAAGAGCAGCAUCCUCAUCAUGGACGAAGCAACAGCAUCUAUCGACAUGGCAACGGAGAACAUUUUACAGAAAGUGGUGAUGACGGCGUUUGCCGACCGAACAGUCGUAACGAUCGCACACCGCGUCCAAACCAUCCUGACGGCCGAUCUGGUCAUCGUGAUGAAGCGAGGGAACAUUCUGGAGUACGACAAACCCGAGACUCUUCUGGAGCAGGAGGACGGGUUGUUCACCUCGUUCGUCAAAGCCGACUUGUAGACACACAAACAGUCGGCGUCCAGAUCAGUUGGUUGAACUUCUCAUUAAAAAAAAAGAAAUUAAAAUAUUUUUUACAAGUUCGAUGAACUUCUGUGACGGUAAAACACGACAGGGAAGCCAACAACAACAACGGCUGACGUCGGAGGUCACUGCCUUCUAUCACGAUCAUCUGCUCCAUCGGCUGAUUUAUCCUGUUCUCACAUCGACGCUUGAAGAAAUUAGCUGAAGCACUUAAACUUUUUUCACUGAAUUAAACGACAGAGAGAUUUAAUGCUCUUGGAUAAGAAACUUUUUUAUCUGCCAGAGUUAAAACAGAAACGUGAAAGAUCAAAAGAAGUGGCUCCAUGUGAGGAAAACACUUUGACAUGAAAUAUUUCCUCCAGUUUUAGGAAAUUACUUUAAAGUUCAAACUAAGAAGCUCGGAGAUUUCAGACUAACUCUUUUGUACCUUUUGGUGUUUUUGCAUUUUUGUGGACAGAAAGAAAAACGUCUCCUCGUCCAGCACAUCAUCACGAUAGAAAUGAUUUUCUAGCGAUGAGAUUUCUCUCCAGGUUUUUAUGAAAUCUUUUUAAACUUCACAGCUGAUUCAAUAGUUUUAGUUUGAACUUUUAAAUCCUGUGAAAAUCAAUUUUUUCUGACUCGAGUCUUUAAUAAGUUCUUUUUAAAUCACGCACCACACGUAUCAGUUUACACUUUAUCACUUAUAUAAUGCAACAAUAAGGAAAUAAGAAGUUUAUAUCGAGUUUUAUUUAAAUCCUUUUUUUACAUGAUUGAAUGUUGGUGUGCCCUGUACGAUCUGUGUCACUGUAAAGGAUUUCAAUCUUAAUAUUUUAGACGCUGGUGUAGGACGUGCUACAGUUCGAUGAGAGAGAAGUAAAACUAAUAUGUCGCAGUUGUGUCCAGGAGAGAUUUUGAUCAACGGUUUGUUGUCAAACUGACGGAGAAGGACGAAACGAAAAAGUGUUCGAAACAACCGAUCUUUUGUAUUUGCAAACGUUUUUUUGAUUGCAUUGAUAAAUGUAUUUCUCACAGGGUUUCUGUUCAGUCAAGUAAAUCAUCUUAAUCUUUAUUCAGUAAGAAAUUAGGAUUUUGAUUUCAAACCUACGUAUCUUUAGAUUUCGUGCGAUGCCUUUAAAAGCAGUAGAUUUGUAAACUUAUUUUAUUUCCACUGUUCUUCCACCUUCAGUCUCUGAAGUAGCUCUGACGCUGCUCUAUCGGUUGUAUUUCUAUGUUACACUAGUACAAACACUGAAGGGUGUCGCGGCUCGGUCUGACGCCGCUGACCCCGCUGUCUGUCUGCGGUCAUGCUUUGCUGAACCUUUAUUAUCGUCGGGGACAAUGGACGCCGAACACGAGCUCCCGUUAACCCGAGAGGUCGAUCUGGACUGAGAGUGAGAUGGCCACGUGACGCCGAGUCCAUCCCGAGUCCAAACAUCAACGUUUUUUAUUGAACUGAUGUGUUGACGAAGCCAAACAUCUGGAAUAAAUCACAGAUGUGUGAAGACGACCACCCCAGAAAAAUGGAGGUUCUUUUAGAAGAGGUUUUUACGACCUAUACUGCGGCCAUCCACCAGGGGGCAGUUGAGAUAAGGUGGCUUCACUAUCUCGGAGCCGUCAUGUCGUCCAUCUUCAUUUUCAGUCUAAGAUUUGCUUUUUUUUCACGAGAUCGAAGUAUUAAGUCAAAUGUUCCUGUCGUAUCACAGGACGACUUGAGCCCAACUAUCAUGUUAUACUGUUAUAUUUCCAUUUAUACUUUUUAUAAUGAUAUAUAUACAUUGUUCUUUAAAUACUAAAGACGUCUUCUUCAGUUGUGGAAUCACUCGUUCUGUCUCUGGGAGCGAUUCUGUGCUGCCGUCUCUUUGUAUCAUCCUUUAUUGAUUAAUCCUCUUUGGCUUCUUGAUCAGAAAACUGAUUCUUUUCAACUUCCUUUAAAAACUGAACUAAAUUUCUCUCUCGUGUUUCAUCGGGAGAAUUUUCAGAUUUUCAGUUUUACACGACGAACUGAAGCUGCGGUUUGUUUCUCUUGUUUUCACUCUGCUGCUCAAACUGAAACCUGUAACUCAGAUUUGUGCCAAACAAAGAAAAAGCACAAGUUUAACUAACGUGACGAGAAGCAGGACGUUUCAGAAGUUUCCGACUCUCAGAAAUACUUUGCUUUGGAUUUUUUUCAACGUAUUGUUUCUCGUUAUGAGUUAAAUAAAAGUGCACUUUGAAAUUCCAUCAUUUAAAUUUAGAGAUGUGUGUAAAAGAGCUUCGCCGACUGUUUUUAUUCUUCUCAUGAAAUCACACGACUGUUAAAUAAACAUUGUUUCACCCACAGAUGAAGUUUAGCAGAUUUUUAAAUGUAUGUAAAUGUAAAGUUUGUAGUUUUUAAACUUAUAACAAACUAUUAUUAUAUUAUAAUUCUG